AGCUUCGUUUACAACUCUGCUUGCGGCCAAGCAGCCCCAAUCGGCUCCUUAUCUUCCGCUCCGCUAGCCACGGCCCGUCCGCCACUCAUCUGCAUCCUAUUCUGCAGCAGGAAGAGGGCGGGAAAAUGGCAGCAAAUCUCAUGUGUACGUGCACACUGUCUCUUGGGAGACCGAAGAUUAAUUCCAAAACUAAGUUUAUAUCUUCGAGCUCCUACCUGUUGGCAACGAAGAGGCCGCAGCUAGGGUUCCGGCUUUCACAAUUCGCGGGUUUCAAGCUUAGCAUCUCCCAAACGCCUCCCCUUCACCCAAGAACUACAGUGCAGACAAUUUUCGCCAAGAGGAUUUGUCCAUUCACAGGGAAGAAGGCGAACAAGGCCAACAAGGUAUCAUUCUCCAACCACAAGACCAAAAAGCUGCAGUUUGUAAACUUACAGUACAAGAGAGUGUGGUGGGAGGCAGGUAAGCGCUACCUCAAGCUCCGGCUUUCCACCAAUGCCCUCAAGACUAUCGAGAAGAAUGGCUUGGAUGCUGUAGCCAAGAAGGCUGGCAUCGAUCCCCGCAAAGAAUAAGAGUGCCCCCGUAGGAUUACUUUCCUCUCCCUCGGUUUCAAUUUCUAGCUUUUUUGGGAGCUUCCGCUCUUUAUUGUCUGGUGUUUGCAAAAAUGGUAGAUAUUAGUCUGGUGAUUUUUCUUGUUCUUAUCAUUGAAAUCAAAUAAGACAAUUGCUCUCCAGCUAAAUACUUUUAA